AAGUGGGCGUUGUUGCCUAACCUGCAGGAUUUAAGCCCUGUCAAAAUUAACCACACAUAAAAAGCCAUUAAAGUUUUAUCUAAAUUUGCAAUUAUGACACACUGGAUGUACGUCGCUAAAGUUACUUUCUCAGUAUUCGCUUUUUUCUUCAUCUAGCGGAAGGUACAUCCUACAAUUAUGGAGUUUUAAAAACCAAAGCGUGAGUUUGUGAGGGGGAAGGUGGCCUUUCCCCUCAAGUUGGAUGGUUGGACUGCUGUACAUGAAGGUCAGGGUUUUUGAAAUUGUUGCCUUUUGUAAAUGAUUGGAUAGAAAAACUAUUUUUGCAAAUCUUGAGAUGUACAAUUUUGUAUCAAACAUAUGUUAAUUUUUGUAUUUAUUUAAUUCAUGAUGCCGUUAUAUGCUGCAAGCAGCUUAGUCUGUGUUCAGUACUUGGUCGAGAUGGUGGACUGAGACAAGUCAGGAAAAGUCUCUGGGGUCGCUAGGGUGCAGUGGAACCUCAACACAAGCACAAUUCUAGCACUCCAAACCAACUCAACCAUUUCUGGAUACUUUACUUUCCUCGAGGAGCUUUUUUUGCUCUGGACAAAUUAAGCCGCAGUGUUCUUGGUUUGUUACAACGCAUCCACAAACUUUUGAGAUUGUUCACAAUUGUGGGUGGUGGGCUGUCAGAAGGACUCUGUGACAGAAGUGCAACAGACUUCAGUGAGGACUUUGAAGAGGCCAGGAUGAGUCUGGCACCUCCAAACUGCACCCCAAAAUGCCGGUCCCAGCAACACGCAGACCAGGUUGUUGCUGCCCUAACUAGCGGCUCCGAAGGGAAGCUCCGGGCAUUCCUGACUUUACACUGCCACAAUGCAACCAGUUUGCGGGAUGCCUUCGGUCGCACAGCCCUUCACCUUGCGGCCUCUCUGGGAAAGAAGGCCCUGCUAGAGUGGCUGCUGGACACUAAAGGGGCUGAUCUGAUGUUGAAGGAUAAAGAAUCUGGCUGGAAUGCCCUGCACCGCAGUGCCUUCUAUGGACAGAUCGACUGUCUCGUAUCAUUAGUCAAGCAUGGUGGACUUUUGUCUGCUCAUGACAAGGAGGGUCUCUCUGUCCUGGACCUGACAAUGAAAGACAGACCAGCACAUGUUGUCUUCAAAAGUACAGACCCAACAGAAGUGUACAUGUGGGGAAACAAUACUAAUUUUAGUCUGGGCCACGGCAACCAGGAGAGCCGACAGCACCCUGAGCUUGUGGACGUGUUUGCCAGGACUGGAGUUUACAUCAAGCAGGUGGUGCUGUGUAAGUUCCACUCUGUGUUCCUGUCACAGAAAGGCCAGGUGUUUACCUGUGGACAUGGACAAGGUGGAAGACUUGGUCAUGGAGAUGAACAGACAUAUCUGGUUCCUCGCAUGGUUGAGGGUCUGAUGUCCCACCACUGCUCCCAGGUGGCAGCAGCUAAAGACCACACAGUGGUGCUGACGGAGGAAGGCUAUGUUUACACGUUUGGUCUCAACACCUUCCACCAGCUGGGCCUGACUCCUCCUCCUGGCUCAGCACAUGUUCCUAAACAGGUGUUCUCCAAAAUGCUGAAAGGAAGGGCAGUGAUUGGAGUAGCUGCAGGGAGGUUCCACACAGCGCUGUGGACCAGAGAGGCGGUGUAUACUGUGGGCCUGAAUGGAGGGCAGCUGGGUUACCUGCUUGACCCAAAUGGGGAGAAGUGCGUGACGACGCCCCGCCAGGUGUCGGCUCUGCACCACAAGGAUGUUGGCAUCGCUAUGGCAGCAGCUAGUGAUGGAGCAACAGUGGUUGUGACUGAGAAAGGGGAUGUUUAUCUGCUGUCUGACUACCAGUGCAAAAAAAUGGCUUCGAGGCAGCUGAACAUCAGAAAGGUCCUGGUCAGUGGUGGCAGUCUGGACCAUCGAGUACAUCAACAGAUCUUGAAUGACAGCGGAGGGGAAAAGAUCAACAUCUUGGCAUUAGAUGAAGCAGGGAGAGUGUUUUGCUGGCGUUCCUCUGGCAGCUCGGUGAGACAAUGCCGGUGGGCGUAUCCGAGGCAGGUCUUUAUGUCGGACAUCGCCCUCAGCAAGAACGGCAUGAUGUUUGUGACUCCUGACGGGGAAGGCUUUAGUGGCGCAUGGGCUGGCGAAUUUAAAAAGUACGGAGAGAAAAAAGAGGUUAGCGUGGAGGUGUGUGGUCCUUCGGACGCCGGCACCAUGUAUGAGCGAAUCCGCCUAGAGAAGCUCCCUUUUGUUCACAGAGCUGUGAGCAUCACAAUGGACUCCAAGGGACGAAAUUUUGGAGUCCUUCAAGCUGACCCCAAAACCAGUUUGUAUGAGGUUCCCAGCAUCUCUCCGUCCUCUUUCGCCCAACAUUUCCGGAGCCUCUUGGAGGAGGCGGACGAAAUGGACAGCAUCCACGAUGUGACGCUUCAGGCUGGUGAGCGCAACUUCCCCGCUCACAAAUACAUUCUGUCCAUGAGGUCUGAGUUCUUCCGGAAACAGUUCAUGUCCGAGCGUUGCGGGGUGAACGAGGAGCUCGAUAAGGAAGUGAGAAGGAGCGAAGAUGCUGUCGGAUGCGACUUACUCAUUUUGGAGAAAAUCCCAGCGGACAUGCUGGAAUAUGCUCUGCACUUCAUCUACACGGAUGCUUGUGAGCUUCUGGUGCACGGGGUUCAGCCAAGAGGCUCAGGGAUGUCAACAAGCCAAAACCAGGACUUGGAGCACGAGAGGCUUAUCAGCAGUCUGCAGGACCUGGGUCUGAGAGGUUGCUCAGCCCUUGAGGUGUACCAUUCCCUUUCCCCUUCAACCAAAGGUGACAACGACAAAGCAAACAACAAGGGCUCCAAGUCUAGCAAAAAGGGGAAGGGGGGCAAAGGUGACAAGCCAGGAACCAACGAAGGAGGGGCCAAUCCUGUGAAAAACUUACAGGCUGUUGCUAAAAAGCUUGGCCUAGGGAGCCUGUCUGCACGACUGGAUGGCGUGAAGUACGAAAAUGGAAAAAUCAAUGUGAUACAGAAGAAAAUUGGCAGCAAACCCACGUUUUUCCAGAAAAAAGGCUCCUAUCUAUGUGAUGUCACUUUAAAAUCGGAUGACGGGAAAGAGUUUCCAUGUCACAAAAGUGUCCUCUGUGCAAGACUGGAAUACUUCAACAGUAUGCUUGGAAACCCUUGGAUUGAGGCAACAUCAUGUUCUGCACUAGAGAUGCCCACCAGCUCAGAGAUCCUCCAGGUCAUUCUCGAGUAUAUUUAUACAGACGAGUCUCCCACCAUCAAAGAAUCUCCCAAUGUUGAGUUUGUGUGUAACGUGCUUGUUGUGGCUGACCAGCUGCUCAUCACGCGGCUGAAGGAGAUGUGCGAGGUCGUCAUCACUGAGAACCUGACCCUGAAGAACGCUGCGGAGCUGCUGGAAUUUGCCGCCAUGUACAACGCAGAACAGCUGAGACUGUCCUGCCUCCAGUUCAUCGUCCUCAACAUGGCCGCCUUGCUGGAGUCAAAGGCUCUGGAUAUUCUUAGUGAUGAGGUCCUCGUGGAGCUUUCUGCAGCUUACAGGAGGAUGAUCCCAGCAAUGCAAAAGCGGGUCAUCACUCCAUACCCUGGUGCACCAGACCUCAGUGCAUAUGAGGAGGAGGAUUUGGACUCCUCAUUCAGCCCCAAACCAGAGGGAGAACUUGUGCAGUCUUGCAGGGAAAUCCUGUUGAAGAAAGCAAAGGUGAAGGCAAAAAAGAAACCGAGGAGACGCUCUGACAGUUCAGGAGGCUAUACUCUCUCUGAUGUCAUUCAGAGCCCUCCUGUUGCGGUGGUGUCUCCUAUUCUGGUUAAGUCGGGGAAGGCCAACUCAACAGAGUCUCUACAGGAGGUCCUCACAUCUGACUCAGAAAGCAGCUGCGUAGGAGUCGGCAGUCCCCGAGACGUGCAGUCUCCUGUCUUUCAUGACAAACCUGAGGAUGAGCGAACAUUCAGCCAGAAACUGAAGACCCCACCCAGCACUCCAAGUUCCCUGAGAACCAACCUUCCUAGUCUCCUGCCAACUCCCCCAAGUUCCAACUCAAAAAAUAUCCUCAAGAGUAGUCCUUGUCCUGCUCAUGCACCUGCAGUCUUGGAUUUGAGAGCCAUCAUGGAUAUGGAGGCCAGCUCUCUACAGACUCUUGGUGCCACCCAUAAAAACGCUGGAAUGGUCACCUCCCACAUCAAGCACUCCCCUGUUUCCUCCAAACUGUCCCAGAAGCAGAGGAAGAUGUUAGCAAUGGUCAAUAGGGAGGCCAGUGUGGAUUCUCCACCAUCCAAAUCAGCUCCCAUAGUGACUCCACCCAAAAGCAGCGAGAAGACUUGGGCAACAGCGGUCCAGUCCCCACCUUCUUCGUGUUCAUUUCGGGCCCUCAUAGAGGAGGAAGAAAGCCGUUUAAUGAGAGAGGGGCAACCAGGAGCACAGAGUGUCCAGAGCGCCCUGGGACCCUCUGUCAGCGCUACACCUGCUGCCAGGAGGGUCACUUUUAAAAGCUCUGAGAGCGGCGAGCCAGAGAAGCCCAUUGGGCCCUGGGUGCUGGCUGCAGUGGGCAGCCCUCCCCUCUCCUCCACGGUGACCUUUGCUUCCAUUGUGGAGGAGGAGAAGCAACAAGAAGCCGCGUUGAUCCGCAGCCGAGAGAAGCCGCUGGCGCUCAUCCAGAUUGAAGAGAGAGCCAUACAGGACCUGCUGCUCCACUACGAGGCCCGGGACAACCCCGAUGAGCUGAUACUGGUUGAGACAACAGCCAGAGGUCCCAUGGCAGCCCCAACCUGGCACAAACACUAAGGAUGACUAAUCAUCUGUCACCACAACAUCAAUAUACCAUUGGAGUGAAGAAUUAGAAUCCAGAUCCCACUUUCUGGUGAAACAACAUAACUCGCCUAUUCCAUUUUGUAGCUGAUUUCCCCACCGUGUUGCUUCUUUAUUGUUGCAUUGUGUCUUGUUUAUUGGAACAACUGGUUUGUACGUCACAAAGUGCUCCUAAUGUGCUGCAUUUGCUGUUGUAUUUCUCAGCAGAACAUUUAUAGUAAACAAACUUCCUCAAUAAAUCUCAUCGUGUGAAGUUGCCAAAGAAUUGAAACUAGGUGGAGAACUUUAAGCUGUAAAGUCUUGUCCAAACUAAAUAAUGAGGGCUUCCUUGUGACUAACAAGUAAAGGUUCUCAGGUUGAUUGUGAAAUUUAAGAUUGCCAAAUAUCAGCUUGCAGAGCAACAGCUUUAAUAAGUGGGAUAUUCUGUAGAGGUGCACUGAUCAGGCUUUACCUGGCCAAUACAGAUUUUUGGUUUUCUUUGGGGUCUGAUCUGCUGAUUUGGAUUUUUAUUAUUCGCCUUAAAACUAUAACACACAAAGAAAUGUUCUACAGGUUUGUUAAUAGAUCCAAUGAAAAAUGAAGGAAAUGUAAGAUUGUUCUUUUCUGCAUCAUAGCACAGUUCCCUCACCUUUAACAGAGUUUUACUAAAGUCUAAACGAAGUGCUUCAACUUAGAUGCCAUUUGAUGGAUUUAUAAAUGGAAGAUAGUGUGAGUUCUUAGUUUUGAUGCAUUUAAUGAAAUGGGAAGGAAAAAAUCCGAAUUUUCAGUAUUUGACCUGCUGAACAAUGAGAGAUUGGCCAAUUUUGAUCUUGUCCAGUUCAUGGGUGCAUCUGUUUUCUUUUUGUUGACAGAUUUCCUUAGCUGUUACGUCAGCAGUAAACUAGUACUUACAAGAUCAGUAUCUUUAAAUGGAAGCUAUUGGAAAUAUACAUUGUCUGAUGUAGUUACAAUGAAUGCUAAACCACUGCUCUAGUAGGAAGGAAUAUUGUGAAGCUGGUUAUAACUAAUGUUAUGCAGAGACAGUGAUCUUCAGAUUUAAAUCUUCUUCAGCUCAGUUAUGUUCUUUUUUUUGUCUCUGCUCUUUUCUUGAAGCCAGUGUGAGUUUGGUACCUCAGCUUUAGACCACAUAUUCUUAUCUCAACAUACCUAUUUUUUGUUUUGUUUUUGUGUCUAAGACUUAAGGAUGUGAAAACAAACUGGCAUGCAAUAAUAAAAACAUCUCAUCUGUGCAAUAAA